ACGAGGCCCCGCCCUCGCUCGAGACCGUAUGAUUUUUGUGUCAAUGCCAUGAACAAGGGAAACUGUGCACUGUCAUUCAUUAAGGAAAUACUGGCUUGGUAAAUGGCGAAGACUUACGAUUACCUUUUCAAACUCUUGCUAAUUGGAGACAGUGGAGUUGGAAAGACAUGUCUGCUGUUCAGAUUCAGCGAGGACGCGUUUAACACCACCUUCAUCUCCACAAUCGGAAUUGAUUUCAAAAUCAGAACUAUCGAGCUGAACGGCAAGAAAAUCAAGCUGCAGAUAUGGGACACUGCGGGGCAGGAAAGAUUUAGGACGAUCACCACGGCGUAUUACAGAGGCGCUAUGGGCAUUAUGUUGGUAUAUGACAUCACCAGCGAAAAGUCAUUUGAGAACAUUAAAAACUGGAUCCGCAACAUCGAAGAGCAUGCAUCAUCUGACGUAGAGAAGAUGAUCCUCGGAAACAAAUGUGACAUGAACGACAGGAGACAGGUGUCCAAAGAGAGAGGAGAGAAAUUGGCAAUUGAUUACGGGAUCAAGUUUUUGGAAACGAGUGCAAAAACCAGUGUAAAUGUCGAAGAGGCCUUUUUCACCCUUGGCAGAGACAUUAUGGCUCGACUCAACAGAAAAAUGAAUGAUGGUGGUCAAGCAGAUGGUGGGGGGCCGGUGAAGAUUUCAGAGAAGCGCACCAAAAAGCACAGCAUCUUUAAGUGUGCUCUGCUGUAACUCAUUUGCAGCGCGUGGAUACGUUCACUUGCUGUGUCUCUGCGGCAGCUCAGCUGGUAUAACAUAUCACAUGAGCCCCUGCAAAAGAGCUGGACCAUCAGGCUCCAGAAGGUUCGUGUUUCCAAGCCCUUAAAUUCAAGAUGGAACAGAGGAAUGAUGCCGUUUUGAGAGAUUUACAUGGUUCACUCUGUGCUAGAGUCACAAUAGGAAACGUCUCCUUUGUUGUGUGGUGAUAAUCGUGAUGAUUGUGUCAAAAGAUAAUGGAUCAAAUAUAAAUGGUUUGGCUUUGAUAUGUUUUUGUAAAAUAUUCUAUAUAGACACAGCACUGGCUGGCUUAAAACAUUUCCUGCUGAGGGCUUAAAUGUAUCGCGUACAAUAUUUAUGAAGUAGUGAGCGAGUCUGUUUUGUUGUAAUAUGUUCCUGAGUGUCUUUUAUACUGCAUAUACACUGUUCUUGCACUGGUUCAAAAAAUGUAAUAGAGAAGAUCUGUACAAAUGCAAUUUUUGGAACACUAGUGGGUUAAAAGCACUUUACAUGUGUUUUCAAUGAGCUCUUCUUACAGGCACAUGUCCAUGUAUAGCACAGACGGACAUCAAUCCACCCGCUGGAAGGUUGCAAAGAUAGAACAUGAUGGCUGCAGAGCAUGAUGGGUAAAGGAAUAGGGUAUCAAAGGGAACAGGUCUUACUUGGCAAAAUCACAAUCACCCAUUGGAAGUGAGUGUCUGACACAGCCCGCCAAACCUGGGAACCAUCAGUAUUAAGGGAAUAAGAAAAAUUGUGCCUGUGUUGUAGAUCCGUAGCUUUAGGGUUAUAAGCAUUGGGUUUAUGUUCAAAUUCAGCCCAGCACUGAUUUGUGAAAAUUCUGUGACAUUUUUUUGAAAAUUAAGAUGAUCAUUAACUAUUUAAUUAGCAUUUAAAAUUAAUGCUAGGGUCCUUGUGUCAAUUCUACAGUAUAAUGUUUUGUAACAUGAUAGAAAAAGAAAAGUCACUGAUGCAUGUUUAUGUAAUCCAUUAACGGAAACUGAGCUUUUUUGUAUUUCAAUUUGAUAUUUCUCACAUUUGUAGCUCUUUUUCAUUUUUUGAUUGAAAAUGUCCAGUGCAUGAUAUAUUAAUACUGUGCAAACUUUUAUUUCUGGUUUACAUUUUUUUUUUCACCAUAGGCUCUUAAAAGAAACAUAGAGUUGCCAAAAAGUGGUAUUAUGUGAUUUUCAUGCUUGACUGUCAAUGUGUGUAAGUUGUUUUAGUCAAAGGAUCCAGGGUGAAUUCAACUGGUUAAAUCAGCACUUAUGUUUCAAAUGUGUGAGACAUUUUGGUCUCCUAUUGAAACUGCACUAAAGGCUGUGUCAGAAGAAGUAGUACAGAUUACAGCAAUAAAAUGUCCCUAUUUGGGAAUUACUUCCGACUACUUGUGCUGAUAUUAGGGACCUUAAAGCCUUGGAUCUGUCUCCAUUAAUCUGAGUUGGACAGAUACUGCCGUAGUAUUUUGAAAGAAUGUUUUGAUGAUUCUCAUUUUACUUUGACAAAUGUAGCAUAUAUCAUGACCACUGAUAUUCAGAUGGGACCAUUGUUAUGCAUGUAUUUUCUUUCAUAUUUGUGACUGUAUGACCGAUCUUUUUAAAGAGACAUUAUAACGCAACUAGUUACCUGAAAAGCUAAUAUGCUCGUUUAAACAUGUUAAAACCUUAACAAAGAAAAUGUGAACAAGAAUUUGAAGUGUGGUUUUAUUAAUUGUAGAUUUUUAUACUACAUAUAACCAAAGUAAAUACUGUAUAAACAUA